UCAGGGGCUACGGGGACCCCCCCCAAGAGGGUGAUCUUGGGGGUGCAGAGACCCCCCCCCAGGGUGGGGCACCCAGAUAUCCAGGGGUCCCAAACCCACCCUCUUUGAACCGUCUCGGGGUCCCACCCACGCCCCCCACCCCAAAACUGUGGGGUCGGGCUGGAGGUGGCCGAAGCCCUCGUGGGGUGGCCGAGCCUGGGGGUCGCCCCCCGAGCGCCGGAGGUGGGACCCCCGCCGGGGGGAGUGGGGCUGGGCCGUCCCCUUUAAGGCCCCACGCGCCCGUGGGCGCAGCCGCUCACCUGGGCAGGUGACGGUGCCGGAGGUGACGGCGCCGCGCGGGCGCCAUGGCCGCCUCCGCCCUCUUCAUCCUGGACCUCAAGGGGAAGGUGAGACCCCCGCCACCACCCCAAACCCCCCGCCCCGGGGGACACGCGCCUGUCCCCUCUGUCCUUGAAGGUCAGCCAAGGUCAGUGGCGGUGACCCCCGUGACCCCGAGGAUUUUGGGGGGGUGGGGGGUGCGUGCUCCACAUGUGACACACCCCCCCCCCCCCCCCCCCCGCCACGACCACCCCAAACCCUGCCGGGGGUCACGCGGGUGACCGGGGUGGGGGACACCCGACUGUCCCCUCUGCCUUUGAAGGUCAACCAAGCCGCUGAUCAGCCGCAACUACAAGGGGGACGUGGGGCUGGGGGAGAUCGAGCACUUCAUGGGGGUCCUGCUGCAGCGGGAGGAGGAGGGGACCCUCACGCCCGUGCUGACCUACGGCCACGUCCACUUCCUGUGGAUCAAACACGCCAACCUGUACCUGGUGGCCACCACCAAGAAGAACGGGAACGCCUCCUUGGUCUUCUCCUUCCUCUACAAGGUGGUGGAGGUGUUCUGCGAGUACUUCAAGGAGCUGGAGGAGGAAAGCAUCCGCGACAACUUCGUCAUCGUCUACGAGCUGCUGGACGAGCUGAUGGACUUCGGCUUCCCGCAGACCACGGACAGCAAGAUCCUGCAGGAGUACAUCACCCAGGAGGGGAACAAGCUGGACACGGGGAAGUCGCGCGUGCCCACCACGGUGACCAACGCGGUGUCCUGGCGCUCCGAGGGCAUCCGCUACAAGAAGAACGAGGUGUUCAUCGACGUCAUCGAGGCGGUGAACCUGCUGGUGAGCGCCAACGGCAGCGUGGUGCUCAGCGAGGUGGUGGGCACCAUCAAGCUGAAGGUUUUCCUGUCGGGAAUGCCGGAGCUGCGCCUGGGCCUCAACGACCGCGUCCUCUUCGAGCUCACGGGCCGGGGGAAGAACAAGUCGGUGGAGCUGGAGGACGUGAAGUUCCACCAGUGUGUCCGUCUGUCCCGCUUCGACAACGACCGCACCAUCUCCUUCAUCCCCCCCGACGGCGACUUCGAGCUCAUGUCCUACCGCCUGCACACCCAGGUGAAGCCGCUCAUCUGGAUCGAGUCCAUCAUCGAGAAGUUCUCCCACAGCCGGGUGGAGAUCAUGGUCAAGGCCAAGGGCCAGUUCAAGAAGCAGUCGGUGGCCAACGGGGUGGAGAUCUCGGUGCCGGUGCCCAGCGACGCCGACUCCCCGAAAUUCAAGACCACGGUGGGGUCGGCGCGGUACCUGCCCGAGAGGAACGUGGUCAUCUGGAGCAUCAAGUCCUUCCCCGGGGGGAAGGAGCACCUGAUGCGUGCUCACUUCGGGCUGCCCAGCGUGGAGAAGGAGGAGGAGGAGGGGCGGCCGCCCAUCGCCGUCCGCUUCGAGAUCCCCUAUUUCACCGUCUCGGGCAUCCAGGUGCGGUACAUGAAGAUCAUCGAGAAAAGCGGGUACCAGGCGCUGCCCUGGGUGCGCUACAUCACCCAGAGCGGGGAUUACCAGAUCCGCACCAGCUGAGGGGGGGUCUCCCAUGGACCCCCCGACCCCCAUGGACCCCCCCCCGUCUCCAUUCCCCCCCAUGCCCACCCCCCUCCUCCUGUGCCCCAAUAAAGAUGGAGCUGAGGCCGCG